AUGCCGCAGGACACUAAUGGGGCUGAAGCCCCAAAAAUGAAUGAUAUACAUCUCAACGCAUCGAAAGAUAAGCCCAAGCGUGGAAACUUGCAUUCUCAAAGCCGCCGUGGCAACUCGAGAGUACCAAAAUCGGCCAAGGUGCGGACUAGGGAGCAAAAACACCCUCCAAACAAUGAUUUCGAACUCAAUAUCCAGGAUGAGCUCGUUCACGGCAACUUAAAAGCAAGGGGUCGCAAAACGCAAGUCUCCAUUAACCAUUUACUUGACUUCCAGCUACCGGAGAGAGAAAAGGAAAAGGCUUCUGCGAUCAUGUCAGUGAGACGAAAGGGAAAACGUUCCGAAGAAGAUCACAUUCACCUGCAUGGGGAGUCUUUUGUCAAUGCAAACUUCAAGUUUUUGGUGGACGAUCGUUUCACGUACAAAGAGCAAAGCUUGGACCCAAACAUUCCAAUACCGCGCGAGAAAAUAGUGCGUGUGGAGGCAACAAAAGGUCAAAGCUGUCCAAUUUGUCUAACGGAAGACAUCGUUGCUCCUAGAAUGAUCAGUUGUGGUCAUCUUUUCUGCCACACUUGUAUGCUGAGUUUUUUUGCCUCCGGCGACGAGCCCCUGGAUAAUGCCAAUACUGGCUAUGUGCCAAGGAGGAAGAAACACAAAGAGUGUCCUCUGUGUGGUACAUUUGUUCGCCAAGAAAAAGCCGUUCCUGUAAAAUUUGUCGAGCUCAAUAAGUCUAUGAGAAUUCCUCAGGUAGGACAACUUGACACUUUUGAGCUGAUGUGCAAGCCCCACGGAUCUAUGUUGCCCUUGCCCGUGCAUCUGAAUAUUGAUCCAAUGUCGCUAGACCAUUUUCCCGCCGUGGAGUUCUCGGAGUUGGCGCCCUAUACGAGAAUAAUGAAAUGCAGCAACCAAAACGCUAUUGAUCUUUACAAAAAAGAUCUUGACGAAAUAAAAACGCAGUUCGAGCUUGACCGUGCCAUUUACAACGACGACGGCAAAUUCGCUAAAUUGGCAAUGGAAGACGUAAAGCUGCGGAUUAAAGCUUACGAAGAGACGACCCCAGAACAUCAGCCGGUCGAGCAGUCGCAAUCUCUGCCAGUUGACAUUUCUCAGCUAUCUUUUAAGGCAGGACUUGAAAAAUAUGAUGACAAAAAUGCGUUCUUUUUCUACCAGACGGCUUUCGAGGCUAAUACGCGAUACUUUCUGUCACCGCUUGACGUAAAAGUUCUGAUCACGGCUUUCGGCCAGUAUUCUAACUUUCCUCCACUUCUAAUCGCGCAGGUAGAGGACGUUCACCACGAUGCGGUGGUGACAGAAUCGCUUUUACAGAAGUACAAGUACUUUGGGCAUUUGCCAAUCGGGAGCGAUGUGACUUUUGUCGAUUUGGACUGGCGUAGCGUUUCUGACCUUCCCCCAGAUGUUUAUCACAAAUUUGCACCAGAAUUAAACUCCAGGCGUCGCAAGUCGGCUUUGAAAAAGCAGCGUGAGGACAACGAAAAGCGACGCCACGAAAAACGUCUUGAACGAGAGCAAGAGGAAUUCUACAUGCGCGAGAAUGGUAGUGCGCCGGCUCCAGUUAUCGUUCCUACGGUGCCACUCUCAGCACAACAUGCACGAGUUCAGCGAGCGCAAGAGGGCCGUUCAGACGACCAGGAGUCAGCAAAACACGGAACGCAAUCUCAGUUGUCAUCAAAACUAGAGAAAACGAUAUGGGGCACAUCGAUACCGACGUCAGAAGACCCUACACAGAGAAGCGAGGAGGAUCUUGCUUUUGAAAAGAUGCUCGAAAACAUAAACCAGCAGAAACAAUCCGAGUCGCGCGGCAAGAAGAAGAAACGAAUGGUGACUUUAUUGAGCUCCAAUAACUCUCGGGGUACGUUAUGA